AAACCCAAAUGGCUCCGUGCUCUGCCAUUAUAUUUGUUAUGUGCUUUGAAUGAUACUGAUUACACCCUCUGCUCUUUAACCGACUGUCACGCAUACACGCAUGCAGAGAGAAAGCAGAAAAUGUUCUUUGCUCAUUUACAACAUCCCUGUUUGUUGGACAUGCCCAGUGUCGGUUGUACUGUGUCUGCUCCAGCCCACCCCCCACCGUACACCCCCAUGCAUUCACUCAAACACCCACACUUGCACAAAGUAUGUGAGCUGUUGUAUCUUAGCAACGAGCAAGGUAAUUACUGAGAGAGCCAAGGAGCUGGCAUGCUGUAGAGCUGCUGAUCUGAUCCCAGCCUUAGAGAAACAGGAAGGCAGAUAUUUCCACUGUGUUGCCCAACUCAGCACUUCUAUAUUCACUGUGUUUAAAUGUGGCGAGGUUGUGGACAAAAAGGAAAGAUGAUUCUGUCUUGUAGAAAAGAUCCUUUCGGCCUCUCCUUGUAAAGACGAGAGAGCCGUGGGAGACGACGGCUGUAGGAGGAUCUGUACUGUUUUUAAAGGGGCCCAAACCAGGCAGGCUCUUGUGGAAGGGGAAAGAAUGGCUAACCAGAGCUUUGCCAUCGACGGCCCUGGCAGUUUGCUGGCUGUGCUGGCCUCUCAGAGUGGACUAGCAAGGGGCGGCAGCAGCAGUGACAGCAGCAACAACAAUGGAGGAAUCUCUGCCACAGAUGUGUCUGCCUACUUUAAGCUGGUCUUCUUGGGGUUGAUCAUCUGUGUCAGUCUUGUAGGCAACCUCUUGGUCUCCCUGCUGGUCCUGCGAGACAGGACGCUUCACAAGGCUCCCUAUUUCUUUCUUCUGGACCUGUGCCUGGCCGAUGCAGUUCGCUCUGCUGCCUGCUUCCCCUUUGUGCUGGUUUCCGUCCACAACAGCUCGGCCUGGACUUACAGUGCCUUGAGUUGUAAAGUUGUGGCUUUUAUGGCUGUGCUGUUUUGCUUUCACGCUGCCUUCAUGCUGUUUUGUGUGGCUGUCACUCGCUACCUUGCCAUUGCCCACCACCGAUUUUACGCCAAACGCAUGACCAUCUGGACCUGUGCCGCCAUCAUAUGCAUGGUGUGGACUCUGGCAGUCGCCAUGGCGUUCCCACCCGUCUUUGACGUGGGGACUUAUAAGUUCAUUCGUGAUGAGGAUCAGUGCAUUUUUGAACACCGCUACCUGAAGACCAACGACACCCUGGGUUUCAUGCUCAUGCUGGCUGUGGUGGUCCUGGCUACUCAUGGCUUCUACGCCAAGCUGCUGCUGUUUGAAUACAGGCACCGCAAGAUGAAACCUGUCCAGCUGGUGCCCGCUAUCAGCCAGAACUGGACCUUCCACGGUCCCGGGGCCACAGGUCAAGCUGCAGCUAACUGGAUCGCAGGGUUCGGUCGUGGUCCCAUGCCACCUACUCUGUUGGGCAUCAGGCAAAAUUUACACAAUCAGCACCGGCGGCUGCUCGGGAUGGAGGAGGUGCGAUCAGAGAGGAGGCUGGGCAGGAUGUUCUACACCAUCACCCUGCUCUUUCUGGUCCUCUGGGCACCGUACAUCGUGGCUUGCUUCUGGAGGGUGUUCGUAAAGUCCUGCACCAUCCCUCAUAGGUACCUUUCCAUCACAGUGUGGAUGAGCUUCGCCCAGGCCGGAGUGAACCCCAUCUUCUGCCUCCUGCUGAACGAGGACCUGAGGAAAGUGCUGAGAGCUCAUCUGCCUACUUACUGGAGGACUAAACAACACCUGCCCCAGGAUGAGGCCUACUGCAUCAUGUGAGAUUAAAAUGAGCCUAAAGAGGGGGAUGUUUCACGUUUUAAGGGGGAAUUUGGAGAGCAGAAGGGUUGCAAUGCACCUUGCUUAAGUGUCAGUGUCUGUUUUGUUGUUUUGCACAACAAAAUCCAAAUUUUGCUUACAAAUCCAGGCACAGUGCCGAUAUCUGAAGAAUGUUUAUAUGUGAAAAAAUGUGUGAGUUGCAAAGGUUUGGAUAGGGCAGUAGAAACGCCCUGGUAACACUUUAAGGGUUUGUACCGCUGAUGACGGACUAUAUAAUUAAUAAAUUGGAAAGAUCACAACAAUCACCGCUCCAGCUAAGUGUGUCAGAUGCCAUUUUAAAAUAACGUUGCCUUAUUUCAGAGGGACACGCCCCAGAGCUUUCAGCUGAGAAUGCGUUUCUGUGUCACAUAAGGCACAAAACAGACACAGAGAGGCUUGAAAUCCUUGAAGAAAUGUGCCGUGGACUGUGAAUAGAAAGUGUUGAUCAGAGCGUUACUAACUCUGAAACACAUCAAGGAACUCAAAGGGUCUAAAUGGAUUGAUAGACCACCCUGGACGCCUUUUCAUGUAUUUCAAAAAGAGACUGCAGAAUAUCAAGUGGACUCAAUAACCUUGGAUACAUUUAAAUAGCUGUUGUGAUCCCAGAAGCCCCUAACAUGCUUGAUUUUUUUGGACUUGAUUUAGGGCGUGUCAGGUUUCUUUGUAUCAUAAAAAAAAAAUUGCCUGUUUUCCUUUAUUUGUAAACAAUACAUGUUAAGCAGAUGACACUAUUUUGAAAUAUGACUUGAUUUCAUAUUGUAUAGACCGUACAGGAAUCUAUAUUCCUGUUUGUGUGUUUUUAUAGAGCAUUUGUGUGUAUGUGUGUGAAAAAGAAAAAAAAAAAGGCAGAAAGAAAAAAAAAUGCAGAGGGAAGUGGAAGGAGACAGAAAGAAAUAAUGAUGAUAGAAAAGGUUCCAGUAACACUGAGUCAAUAUGAAAGCAGCCUCAUCUUGUGGUCUCAAAAUCAUGGAAAAUUGAGCAAUCUCAUCAUAUGGAAAUUUAUCCUUCAAAUGGAUUUUUAAGCUGGAUUUUUAAUGCUAAUGUGCAAGCAAUUGUGAAAUACAGAUGGAUAAUGAAAAAAAGGGAGACAGAAUAAUUAGAAAACAACAGUUGUACAUUGAAAACAGGCCAUAGGAUUUAAUGACUUGAAUGAUGAUGUAUAUUACGUUAUUUGGAAAAAAAAAAAACCCAUUAGGAAGUGUACAUUUAUUUGCAAAUGACGAUCUUGGGAAUGUUUUAAAGUGCUGUUUUGCUCUCACCAGAAUACAAAAAAAAAAGAGAAAAUGAAGUGGCACUUAAUUUGAAUGAAACUUGAAUGUUACCGUGCCAUCUUAUAUCCCCCCCACCCCCGAACAUUAAAGCCAGCACUUGAGUGUCUGGAUCACAGUAUGUUCAAAAUCCAAACAUCUUCAGGUUGUAUACGACCCCCAAUCUGUGUGGUGUAUGAAAACUGGCAAUGAAUACAAUGAAUUGUCUCUCCAAAUUACAAUUCAUGUGACACAAAUGUCUGACCUAUGAUAUGUUAGGCAUAGAUAUACACGUGCAGUCAAUUCUUUUUAAAUGUGGACACUUGCACAGCAUACUGUACUAAGCAUGCAUUCCACUGCAUUUCAUAGAUUCAAAACUGGGGAUUACAACUUGUACAGAUGUUGUUAUGGAAAGAAAAAGUGAAAAGUGAACAGAGGUCCAUAAUUUUUACGUCUGGCAUUCCCUCGCGAGAUGAUAUUCUGUAACUGUACAGUUUAACUGAGUUGGUUCUUUUGCCCACUCAUCAAUAAAGACUCUACUUUUGA